AGCGGGAAGGGACCGGACACACUUCCGGCGGAAGUGGCUGAGGGACAGGCGCGGGAAUCGGGGGCCGCCAUGGAAACGGAGCCGGAGCCGGGCCCCGAUCCCGGCCCCCACAUGGAGCCGGUAACGGGCCCGGUGCCGGUAACGGACCCGGCCGCCGACCCGGACGUGGAGCCGCUGCACCGGGGCGGUUUCCGCUGCCGCCUGUGCCAGAUUACCGCGGCCAACCUCCCCAGCCUGCGGUCUCACCUGGCCGGGAAGCGGCACCGGCGGCUCCGGUGGCUCCGGGCCGAGCGGCGCGCGCAGGAGCAGCGGAGCCUCUUCGUCAGCGGCUUCCCCCGGGGCACCGAGCCCGCGCGGCUGCGGCAGCACUUCCGCGCCUUCGGGGAUGUCGCGACAGUCGUGAUGGACAAGGAGAAGGGCGCGUUCGCCAUCGUGGAGCUGCGGGACCCCGCGGGGCGGCAGCGAGCGCUGGAGCAGCCCCGGCACGAGCUGGGGGGGCGGCGGCUGCGGGUGCGGCCCCGGGAGCACCGGGAAUUCCCCCGGCCCCCCCCGCGGGACCCCCCCGGGACACCCCCGGUACCCCCGGGGCUGCUGCAGGCGCUGGGACAGGCCCAGGAUGUGGGGGCCCAGCUGGAGCUGCUGGUGCGGGCGCUGGAGCUGAGCGCGGCCGAGCGGCGCCUGCGGGAGCUGCUGCUGAGCCUGAUCCGGGAGGUGUUCGGGGAGUUCUUCCCAGGCUGCUCCGUUGUCCCCUACGGCUCCUCCGUCAACGGCUUCGACGUGCACGGCUGCGACCUGGACCUGCACCUGGAGCUGGGCACGGGGGACGGGGACCCCCAGAGCCAGGGGACCCCAAACUGGGACCCCAAAACCCAGGAGACCCCAAAUGGGGACCCCCAAACCCAGGAGACCCCAAAUGGGGACCCCAAAACCCAGGAGACCCCAAACAGGGACCCCCAGACUCCGAGGGGUCCCUGUCGGGUGAUGAUCCCCCCGAGGCCGAGGGGUCCCUUUUGGGGUGCGGGGGGUCCCUUUUGGGGCGCGGGGCCCCCCCCCGAGGAGCUGCUGGCGCUGGUGGGGGCGGUGCUGCGGCGCUGCGUGCCGGGGGUCCGGGGGGUCCGAGCCGUGCCCGGGGCCCGGCGCCCCGUGGUCAAAUUCAGCCACAAACAGUCCGGGCUGGCCGGGGACGUGUGCCUGGACAACCGCCUGGCUCUGUUCAACACGCGAUUCCUUCGGCUCUGCGCGGAGCUGGACCCGCGGGUGCGGCCCCUGGGCUACGCCGUGCGGCUCUGGGCGGGGGGGCAGCGGCUGGCAGGGAACCGGGCCGGGGGCGGCCCCCUCCUCACCAACUACGCGCUGACGCUGCUGGUGGUGCUGUUCCUGCAGAGCCGCAGCCCCCCCGUGCUGCCCUCGCUGCGGCACCUCCGGCACCUGGCAGGACCCCAGGACCGAGCCCAGGUCGGGGGGUGGGAUUGCAGCUUCCCCCGGGACGCGGCGGGGCUGGAGCGCAGCGGGAACGGGCAGAGCGCCGCCUCCCUCCUGGCCGAAUUCUUCUCCUAUUUCGGGACCCUGGACCUGGGCGGGCUCCUCCUGUCCCCCCUGGAGGGCCGAGCUCUGCCUCGCCCCCCACCCGAGACCCUCGGGGGGCUCCGCCCGGGCCCCCUGACCCUGCAGGACCCCUUCGAGCUCAGCCACAACGUGGCCGCCAACGUCACCCCGCGCACGGUGUCGCGAUUCGUGCGCUGCUGUCGCGACGCCGCCCGGCUCUGUCGCGGCCCCGAGUUCCACCAAAAAUCGCGCAGGGGCCGCCCCUGGGGCGUGAUGAGGCUGCUCCAGCCCGGCCCCGCCGAGAGCUGCGGGAAUUCCCGGGGGAAAUUCCUGAUCCCGGUGCCGCUGCCGUGCCCGGGGGGAGCCGGGGGGGUCCCGCCCCGCCGGGUGGGCGCGGCCGCGGCGUUCGUGCUCACCGAGGUGUUGGGGUGCGGCUGUGAGCCCCGGGGGGACUUUGGGGACAUGGGGACAGCGGGGGAGGCACCACCGGGAGCUGAGUGUCACCUGGAGGGGGUGGCAGGCGAUUCCCGAGGGGAAUUUGAGGACCUGGGGACAUCGGGGGAGCCACCACCGGCGGCCAGAUGUCGCCUAGAGAAAGUGGCAAGAGGUUCCCAGGGGGAAUUUGGGGACACGGGGACAUCAGGGGAUGGGGGGACGCCACCACCGGGAGAUGAAUGUCACCUGGAGGGGGUGGCAGGAGAUUCCCGAAGGGAAUUUAGGGCCAUGGGGACAGCGGGGGAGUCACCAUCGGGAGCGGAAUGUCACCUAGAGGGGGUGGCAGGAGAUACCCAGGGGGAAUUUGGGGACGCAGGGACAUCAGGGAAUGAGAGGACGCCACCACCGGGAGCUGAAUGUCACCUGGAGGGGGUGACAGGCGAUUCCCGAGGGGAAUUUGGGGACGCGAGGACAUCAGGGGAGUCACCACCGGCAGCCGAAUGUCACCUGGAGGGGAUGGCAGGAGAUUCCCAGGGGGAAUUUGGGGACGCGGGGACAUCGGGGGAGGCACCAUCGGGAGCCGAAUGUCACCUGGAGGGGGUGGCAGGAGAUUCCCGGGGGGAAUUUGGGGACGCGGGGACAUCAGGGAAUGAGAGGACGCCACCACUGGGAGCCGAAUGUCACCUGGAGGGGGUGGCAGGAGAUUCCCGAGGGGAAUUGGGGGACAUGGGGACAGCAGAGGAGUCACCAUCGGGAGCCGAAUGUCACCUGGAGGGGGUGGCAGGAGAUUCCCGAGGGGAACUGGGGACAUCAGAGGAUGAUGAGGAGCCGCUCCUGCAUCCCCUAGAGCCACCACCGGGAGCGGAAUGUCACCUGGAGGGGGUGGCAGGAGAUUCCCGAGGGGAAUUUGGGGACGCGGUGACACCGGGGCCGGGCUGGAAGCGCCGCCUCCCCGAGGGGGUCCCGGUCGGGGCGGGGGUCCCGCCCGCAAAGCGGCCCCGGCUGCCCCCGGUGCCGUCCCGGUGGAGCUGCUGCGUUCGGUACCGGGUGUGGCGGGGCCGCCGCCGCCUCCGCCGCCGCCUCCUCCACCGGGAGGGGCCGGGAAUGGGGGGUCCCGGGGGGUCUGGAGGGGCUCAGGGCCCCGGAGAUAGCGGGGGUCCCGGGGGGGUUCGAGAUCUCGGGGGUCCCGCUGUUCCCGGGGGGGCUCCGGCUCCUGGGGAUCUCGGGGGUCCCGGGGGGCGAUCCCCGGAUCUCGGGGGUCCCGGGGGGGAAUUCCCGGAUCUCGGGGGGUCCCCCCUGGCCCUGGAGCGGGCGGUGACCGAGGCCAUUGUCCGAGGGGACACCGGGACCCCCCCGGAGCCGCUGCUGCGUUUCCAGCUCAGCGCCCAUCGGGGGGGGUCGCGCCGGGACCCCCAAAUUUUGCUGCGCCUCCAACCCGAGCCCGACCCCCCCUCGCCGCUUUUCCAGGAGUUUUUCCAUUUUUUGCGGGGUUUUCUGCCGGAGAUGGUGCGGCAGCGCCUGCGCGGGGGGGAUUUCCAAUAA